AUGGAACUACAAUGUCCUUCCAUCCAGCUCUUGUUUUCCUUCUUGCUCCUUGUGGUUCUGGUAUUGAAAAUAGGGAAGAGAGGCCUAAAGCACAACUCCUCUGCUUCAAAUCUACCACCAGGACCACGGAAGCUACCAAUUAUUGGAAACCUACACCAGCUCAUUGGUGCUCUACCUCAUCGUGGACUCAGAGACUUGGCCAAGCAACAUGGACCUCUUAUGCACCUGAAGCUCGGAGAAGUUUCCACCGUAGUUGUUUCAUCAGCAGAGUUAGCCAAAGAGGUGAUGACAACCCAUGAUAUUAUCUUUGCAUCAAGGCCCCAGUUUCUAGCUACAAGAAUAAUAUUUUAUGAUUCUACAGAUAUUGCAUUUGCUCCAUAUAGUGAUUACUGGAGAGAAUUACGCAAAAUUUGCACGCAAGAGCUCUUAAAUGCAAAGCGGGUUCAAUCUUACCGGCCUAUUAGAGAAAAAGAGGUACUGAAUCUCAUCGAAUGGAUUAGUUCAAGAGCAGGAUCACCUAUUAAUCUUACUCAGAAAGUUAAAUCCUCCAUAUAUAGCAUCACUGCACAAGCAGCCUUUGGUAAUGAGUGCAAGGAUCAAGAAGAAUUCAUAUAUGCGGUGAAGGAUGUUAUCAAAGCAAUAUCAGGCUUCAAUGUGGCAGAUGUUUUUCCUUCUUUCAAAUUACUUCAUAUGAUAAGUGGAGAGCAGCAUAGAGUUGAGAGGCUGCAGAAACAAGUUGAUAGAAUAUUGGAAAACAUCAUCAAAGAACAUAUGCAAGCUACUACAAAGAAAAGGGAUGAGGCUCAUGUACAGGAAGAUCUGGUAGAUAUUCUCCUAAAAUUUCACGACCAUUGUGGUGGCCGUGAACUUUCUUUAACUAUUAACAACAUCAAAGCAGUGAUAUUGGAUGUUUUUACUGCUGGGAGUGACCCAUCAGCUGCAGUUGUAGAUUGGACAAUGUCAGAAAUGAUCAAACAUCCGAGAAUCAUGAAAAGGGCACAGGAUGAGGUGAGGGAGGUGUUCAACAGAGCACGGCUGGUAAAUGAAACAAGCAUAAGAGGGAUGAAGUAUUUGAAGUUGGUUAUUCAAGAGUCACUGAGGUUACACCCUCCUGGUGUCCUCUUACUUCCAAGAGAAUGUGCAGAAAGGUGCGUGAUUGAUGGAUAUGAAAUACCUGCCAAAACAAGGGUAAUCGUGAAUGCUUGGGCAAUCGGAAGAGAUCCUAAUUAUUGGAGUAAUCCGGAGACGUUUAAUCCAGACAGGUUCCUUGAUAGUUCUAUUGACUACCAAGGAACAAACUUUGAUUAUAUCCCAUUUGGUGCUGGAAGAAGAAUAUGCCCUGGCAUGCUAUAUGGUUUGGCUAAUGUUGAGCUUCCUCUAGCAAUGCUGUUAUAUCAUUUUGAUUGGAAACUCCCCAAUGAAAUGAAGAAUGACGACUUGGACAUGACUGAGGAGUUCAGUGUUGUAGUUGACAGAAAACAAGAUCUGCAUUUGACUCCCACUCCAUAUAUAUCAUCGUCCUCUUAUUGA